UUUGUUUGUAAAAACUCGCGGCAGGUAUUCGAGGUCGAAGUGAAAGCAAAUUUUGAUAAAUAAUUGCUGAGGAUUUUCCAGGAUAUUUUCUGGCCCUUUUCCACAUUUCCAGCACCUUGGGCAGUAUCUCUGGCAUCUGCUGGUCCACCGUUGAGCACUCGGAUGAUGGAAUAAGGGGGCGAAAGGGCUGAAAAAGUUAAUUUGGAAGUGUGUGUGCAGAUUUCUUGACAAUGACAAUUGUCAACGCAGUGGGGAAAGUAGAUGAAGAAAUUUUUCAGGCAGCAAAAAAAGAAAUGGUGCAAAAGUGAGACAAUUUGCAAGUGAGAAAAAUCCUUGUUCACUGGCGCCUUGGUGCACAUUGCAUUGAAAGAAAAAAAGUGUUCUUAUACUGUUUAGUGAUGAAGACAUUGGCCAUUUGGGGGCACAAAUCAUCAACUUAGAUUUUUUAACCAUUUUUGUUCACUCCAAAUUGAUUUAAUAUCCCCUUUUUGUUUCGCGUAACACGGACUCGUCUUUUUUCUGUUUACUGGCCCCUCUGUUGUCCUUGUUCCCAUUCUUGUCACUGGGAGUCCCUUGAGGAUACUUCUUUGGGAGAAAAGUUGCACCCAGGUGGAGGAGGAGACUGAGAAGCACCUUCCGGAUAGCCUCCGGACACCUCUCUGAGAUUGGCAGGAAGACAUCCAACACAAGCAUCAAGAUGAUUAGGCCGAAUGCACCCAAGAAGGAGAGCAAGAUGCGGAUCAGAGCAUUUCCUAUGACGAUGGAUGAGAAGUAUGUAGAGUCCAUUUGGGCUCUGCUGAAGAAUGCCAUCCAGGAGAUUCAGAAGAAGAACAACUCAGGUUUGUCGUUUGAGGAAUUGUACAGAAAUGCGUACACGAUGGUACUGCAUAAGCAUGGGGAGCGUCUGUAUGCUGGUCUUAAGGAAGUUGUCACGCAUCAUCUGGACACGAAGGUCCGCGUGGAAGUUGAGCAGAGUCUCAACAAUAACUUCCUGCAGACGCUCAAUCAGGCCUGGAAUGACCAUCAGACGUCGAUGGUGAUGACCAGGGAUAUUCUCAUGUACAUGGAUAGGGUUUAUGUGCAGCAGCACGAUGUGGACAAUGUUUACAAUUUGGGCUUGAACAUCUUCAGGGAUCAGGUGGUGAGGUAUCCACCGAUCCGGGAGCAUCUGAGGGAGACGCUGCUGGGGAUGGUGAUGAGGGAGAGGAAGGGUGAGGUUGUGGAUCACAUUGCGAUUAAGAAUGCAUGUCAGAUGCUAGUGGUUCUGGGUAUAAAUAGCCAUUGGGUGUACGAGGAGCACUUUGAACGUCCAUUUCUGGCUCAAUCAGCUGCAUUCUACAAGAUGGAAUCUCAGAAGUUUAUUUCGGAGAACAGCGCCAGUGUCUACAUAAAGAGAGUCGAGGCCAGGAUCACCGAAGAGGCCGAAAGGGCCAAAUUGUAUCUGGACAAACAGACAGAAUUCAGGAUUAUUUCAGUGGUUGAGGAUGAGCUCAUUAAGAAGCACAUGCGUUCAAUUGUUGAAAUGGAAAAUUCCGGAGUGGUUUACAUGCUGAAAAAUACAAAAUUUGAUGAUCUAGCAUGCAUGUACACUCUGUUUUCGCGCGUUGAAGAUGGUUUGAAGACAAUUGUUGAUUGUGUUUCGGGGUAUUUGAGGGAGCAGGGCAGGAUGUUGGUGAAGGAGGAGGAAAGUGGCACAAAUCCAAUAACUUAUGUGCAAAAUCUGCUCGAUCUGAAGGAUAGAUUUGAUCAUUUUCUCAAUCAUUCCUUCAACAAUGACAAAAUCUUCAAGCACAUGAUUUCGUCGGAUUUUGAGCAUUUUCUCAAUCUAAACAGCAAAUCACCGGAAUAUCUCUCACUCUUCAUCGAUGAUAAGCUCAAGAAGGGAGGAAAAGGGAUGACAGAGCAGGAAAUUGAAACAAUUCUGGAUAAGACAAUGGUACUCUUCCGCUAUUUACUGGAGAAAGAUGUCUUUGAGCGUUACUACAAGAAUCACUUGGCUAAGCGACUCCUACUUAACAAAUCCGUGAGCGAUGACUCUGAGAAGAACAUGAUUUCGAAGUUAAAGACUGAAUGUGGCUGCCAGUUCACAUCGAAGCUGGAGGGCAUGUUUAAGGAUAUGUCAGUGUCAAACACGAUAAUGGAGGAGUUCAAGACACACGUGAUGAAUGAAGGGAUUACGCUGUCGGGAGUUGAUCUGACUGUGAGAAUAUUGACAACUGGUUUCUGGCCAACGCAGUCAGCAACACCAAAUAGCAAUAUUCCCAGUGCUCCGCGUCAGGCCUUUGAGACAUUCAAGCGAUUCUACUUGGCCAAGCAUUCGGGGCGUCAGUUGACGCUUCAGCCCCAAAUGGGCACGGCUUACAUCAAUUCGGUCUUCUAUGGAUGCUCAAAGGGAGAUUCUGAGAAUAAAGAUGGCGCUAGUUCAAGUUCAGGAAGUGUUGCCGGAGGCCCAACAACAACACGCAAGCACAUUCUUCAGGUGUCCACCUAUCAGAUGUGUGUCCUGAUGCUGUUCAACAAUCGCGAUCGCUUGACCUACGAGGAGAUUCAGCAGGAAACGGAUAUUCCGGAGAAGGACCUCAUCAGGGCUCUGCAGAGUCUGUCGAUGGGCAAGGCGGGCCAGAGGUUGCUCGUGCGAACGCCCAAAACCAAGGAUAUCGAGCCAACAAAUGAAUUUCUCGUGAAUGAUGCUUUCGUGUCCAAGUUCCAUCGGGUCAAGAUCCAGACGGUGGCGGCCAAGGGGGAGUCCGAGCCGGAACGGAAGGAGACGCGCAGCAAAGUGGAUGAGGACAGGAAGCACGAGAUUGAAGCGGCGAUCGUGAGGAUUAUGAAACUGAGAAAAACCAUGUCGGUUAGUAACUAUUUUUUUUCAUUUUGGGGCAAGAAAAUUGGGAAUUGUUUUCUUAAUGUCCUCUUGGUGCCUUUCUUUUUUCAAGCACAACAUGCUGGUGUCCGAUGUAACGAGUCAACUGAAGGCGCGUUUCUUGCCGUCACCUGUAGUUAUAAAGAAGCGAAUAGAGGGUCUGAUUGAGCGUGAAUAUUUGGCCCGUACGCCCGAAGAUAGGAAAACUUACGUGUAUUUGGCAUAAAAAAAAGGAAGAAAAGACAAAACCAACUGCAGUUGAUUGUCUUUGAGCGUUGCAGCUGGACAUGUGAGCAUAAUUCAUGGAUGGGACGCUAAUGAAAAAUUUUAUUUCGUGUAUAAUUGAAUUUUUUCCUGUGAAGAGAGUUUAGAGAUGAAAAAAGCGAUAUCUUUGCAAUUUCUUUUAAUUCUUUAAAAAAAUCAAUUUCAUUUCACUAAAAAAUUCAGUCCAGUCGAAAUUUUAAUUCAUGGUUCAGAGAGGAUUCACUUGAGAAAAAGUCAAUAAAUGAUUUUGAAUUAAA